GACACUCACUCUCAUACCCUCUCUCUCUGUUAUACCUACACACACAGGUAUUCGUUCUGAUCUCGCAAAGCAGAUUGAUUGGUUCUGCGAUUGUCCAUGAUCUUGAGAAGCGAAGAAGGAAAAGGGCAAAUCUUUCAGUUCAUCUCAGCUUUCGGGGCAUAGAAGAUGAGGCUGUGGAAGUCGGUAUUGUUCUCAUUAUUGUUGGUGACAGUUCUCGCCCCCAUUUUUCUCUACACCGACACUCGUCUUACUUCCUCUUCAAGAGAUGAAUUCAUCGAAGAAGUCUCCGCAUUUACAUUGGGAGGUAAAAUCAGGCCUUUAAAUGUGCUACCCCAGGAGUCAAAUACAAUCACCAAAGAACCAUUUGGCGUAGUCUAUUCUGAAAAUCCAAUACUAUCCCAUUCAAGAUUGUUUGACAACAGGAGGAAUGAAAAUGGCCGCAAAACGAGACAACUCACUGAAGAAUUACUAGAAAACAGAAGGACCGAUGUUCAGGAAACUGAGAAUGGUGUUGUUGAUGAUGCCAUAAGACAGGUGACUGAAGAAGGGCAUAAUGCUACUCAUAACGGACAUCAAAUGUCAGUUCAAGAGGCGUCAACUGUGGAUGUUGAAAGCACCAAUAAGAUUAAUAUCAUGCAACAUGACCAGAAGUCUGAUUAUUCCUCUACAACUGUGGAAAGAGAAAACGAUAAGCGAACUCUUCAAACCUCAAGUAUGAAUGAUUCUACCAAACACAUGAGUAGCAAAACUGUGAAGCAGAGUGAACAAAACGAUUAUACAGAUGUUCGUGUCCACCAGCUUAGGGAUCAACUCAUCAGGGCUAGGGUCUAUCUUUCACUGUCUGCCACAAGAAGCAAUCCUCAAAUCGUAAGAGAACUCCGCCUCAGGGUGAAGGAAGUUGAGAGAGCAGUUGGAGAAGACAGAAAAGAUUCUGAGCUACCAAGAAAUGCAAAUGACAGGAUGAAAUCCAUGGAGCAAACAUUGGCUAAAGCAAAGCAAAUUCACGAUGACUGUACUGAUUUUGUUAAAAAGCUGCGUGCUAUGCUUCACACAACUGAAGAGCAGCUUCGAGUCCAAAAGAAGCAAGCAUUGUUUUUAACCCAUCUAUCAGCCAAAACACUUCCUAAGGGUCUUCAUUGUCUUCCUUUACGUCUUUCAACAGAAUAUUUCAAGCUAAAUUCCUCUCAAAGGAAUUUUCCGAAUGAAGAGAAUUUAGAAAAUGUCAAGUUUUAUCACUACGCCAUCUUCUCAGAUAACAUAUUAGCAGCAGCAGUUGUUGUCAACUCAACUGUUUCCCAUACUAAGGAUCCCUCAAAGCAUGUUUUCCACAUAGUCACAGACAAGCUAAAUUUUGCUGCAAUGAGGAUGUGGUUUUUGUCAAACCCACCACAGCAUGCUACAAUAGAGGUUCAGAAUGUUGAGAACUUCACAUGGUUAAACUCAAGUUAUAGUCCAGUUCUCAAGCAAAUGGACAGUCCUUCCAUGAUUAAUUAUUACUUCAAUGCUCGUACUACAGAUAAUGAUUCAAACAUGAAGUUUAGAAAUCCGAAGUACCUUUCAAUUAUGAAUCAUCUUCGUUUUUACUUGCCAGAGAUUUUUCCUAAACUGAACAAAGUCCUGUUCUUGGAUGAUGAUGUAGUGGUUCAAAAGGAUCUUACUCCCCUUUGGUCUCUCAAUCUUAAAGGUAAAGUUAUUGGCGUGGUUGAGACUUGUCGUGGAAGUUUCCAUCGUUUUGAUCGCUAUCUCAACUUCUCAAAUCCUCUGAUUUCCAAAAAGUUUGACCCUCGUGCUUGCGGUUGGGCAUAUGGAAUGAAUAUAUUUGAUUUAAGUGAAUGGAGGAGGAGAAAUAUCACCCAGGUGUACCAUUCAUGGCAGUCCCUGAAUAACAACAGACAACUGUGGAAGUUAGGAACACUCCCACCUGGUUUGAUCACCUUUUGGAAUCAUACAUAUGCUCUUGAUCGAUCCUGGCAUGUCUUGGGCCUCGGCUACGAUCCCAAUGUAAGUCUCAAGGAUAUUGAAAGAGCUGCAGCCAUUCACUAUAAUGGUAACUUGAAGCCAUGGCUUGAGAUUAGCAUCCCAAAGUUCCGAAAUUACUGGUCAAGGUUUAUUGAUUACGAUCACGAUUUUUUGCGAGAGUGCAACAUUAAUUCUUUAAGCAGCAAUUGAAAUGUUUAAUCCAUAGUCUCGAUCUAAACUACUUUCACAGUUUCACCUUCUUUCUCCUAGGUCUGUGCUCCAUUUUUCUUUCACUUUGGUUCACAACCCAAUUAUUUUAUACAAGUCAAUUCUUAUUCCUCUGCUCUUUGUAAGCGUUGGUUCUCUUCUCCUCAUAAUAAUUACUCAUCUCAGUUUUGCUUUUAGUACAUUUCUUUUACAUUGGAUCCCGGAAAAUACUAAAAGAAAGAAAACACCAUGCUAUUGUCUUAUACGAGUAUGUUUGUUUGUAUCUUGGAAACAGAAAUAUGAUUAAUGAUUUUAAGUUUAAAAUAUGUUCAGACUUUGUAUAUUUAUAUGUUUGUAUUAUCCAACUAAAACAAAAAUUUGAACAAGUAUUAAAAAUAAAUUUAUUGAGUUUGAACUAAUAUUUUAUCUUCCUCAACAUUCUUUUUCCUUCCAAAUUUCUCGUACAGUUUUAUCCCUGUUUUCUUUCCCUACCAUUUCCAAGUUCCAAACAGAGCCCAGUGGUAUAUACAUUCAGCAUUUCAGCAUGUGGAGGAUUAGAGUUGGGAUGUAAAUCUGUGUCCUGUACUUGCAAAGCAGUUGUUCCUUGUGUUCACUGUUUGAGCAAGUGAAGAGCUUAGGUGCUAACUGGCAAUCUAUUAAUACCAAAAAUACAUUAAUAUGUGUAAAUGUAAUCUUUGGAGUCGAUAAUUAUCUUGGCCAUUAUCUUUUAAACAACUUUGUUUUUCCCCCUUUUUCAUCUAUUAUGUUUAUUGUAAUUUUCAUAUAGUAGAUUAUUAGUAGGUUAGUAUACAACACAUUGGUCAGCUACAUAGGUCAGCAAAUUAUGUGCCAUUUGCCAAUAUCACAGCGCCUAUUGGUUCAACUCUAUUAACUUUGGGUAUGUUUGGGAAAUCUGAAAAGUUGGAUUAUCUCAAUAAUCGAUUUAUGUAUAACUGAUGAUUGUUACAAUAUUGUUACAAUCGAUUGUAUGAUUG